AUGAGAAUUCACCCUCCAAAAGUGUAUGGAUUUGUGGAACACUCUCGUGACCCUAGUCCUUCCAAGGUUGGUGAGAUGUGCAGCCGCUGGGAGCAGCACAUACGUGAUGCAUCACCUGAGCGCCAACAAAGGUCACGAAGUCCCCAGAAGACUCUUUCUAGAUCCAUAAGUCCAAGAAAGCUACCCGCUGCUCAAAAUACCAGCCCUGUGAAAUCCACAAGUUCUGUUGAGAUGGACACUGUUGCAGGAGAUUUAGCUUCUAGCCCAUAUAGGAUGAAACCCCCGGGAGAUGGACCACUAAAUCGAUUUGGUAGUGAGCGCAGGAGCCGGAGAGACUUAAGUCCCCAUAAACCCCCACCUGUUGAGGAUAUUGUAAAGGGUGAAGCUCCUAUGCCUGUGGUGAUGCCACUCAUUGAUGAGCCACACAUGUCCUCUGUGAGGCAGCGGGCAGCAGCCUUUGAUUCUGCAGCAGGGGUCACGAACUCUCGAGAAGAGUAUUUGGAGAUACCUGUGCAGCAUUUGCCGGUACCUGUGGAGAAGGACCAAGCUACGGGUUUUCAAGGCCCUGAUAAUGCAAGUUUUGCUAUACGGGAUUGA